AUGCUAUCACAUGGAACAGCUAUAAGUAUAGCUAACACCAAAUUUGCAUGUUAGAAUUUUGAAAUUACUUCCAUCGUUUGUUCUAAUAUUUUUAUCAUGAAAGUCAUUUUACUCCUUUUUUCUAUUUUUGUUGUUGCUCAAUGUACAACGUACGACGGAGAUAUAUAUAGUCUUGAGUCUAAAAAUCAAUCAUCAUUGUUAGUUGAUGCUUCAAGUGGUUACACUGCUAAUGAUGCAUCAUCCAUCUACAGUAUUACAGUAAUGCAACCUCUUUUCGUGGAGCCAUUUGAGGUUGAAUAUGAAUACCAAGAUGAAGGAGGUAAUUGUUUAACUAAAGGAAAAAUUACAUCAUGUGAUGCCAAUCCUUCAACUCCAAGUGGUGCUGCUAUGAAUGUUGCACUAAGAAUUCUAGCAAGUAAAGAUGCAUCAUGUCCACUGAUGCCUGGAGACUAUAAAGUACCUGAUGAAUUCAGACUUGAGGGCGCAGAAUUGGGACCAGAUGCUUUGGAUGUGGAGACAAUAUUACUUUGUCUUAAUAUGCAACAAGUACUGUAUGGUGAAGUAUAUUUGAAUAAAGUCAAAUAAAUAAUUAAAAAAUCGUUUAAUCACGUGUGUUUGACAUUAAAAAUAUGUAAUUGAUUAUAAAUAAAAAGUGUUCAAAGAUCCGGUUAAUUUGGUUA